AUGGGGACUCUUCGCUAUCCGUUGGACGAGUUACUCAUCGUUCAAGUGGACUCCUCAAUUGAAGUUGGGGUAACAAUUAGCCAUAAGUUCCCUGACGGCAGAGUCAAGGUCAUUCAGCACGCUUCCCAGCCGGAUCGUGAAGGUCUGGCGAUAGGGAUCCCGGUCUACACCGCCAACCGGCUCCAACGUUGGGCCCACACUCUGCUCAACUACGAUUUCUCCAUGGAAUACGUCUCGACUGACAAGUUCGGGAAUGCCGAUGCGUUAUCCAGGCUCAUCAAUCAACAUGCCAAGCCGGACCAAGAUUUUGACGUCGCGUCCACCACCUUGGAAGAAGAUUUGAGGUCAAUAGUAACCAGUAGCGUCAAUUCUCUUCCUCUUAGGUUCAGUAUGGUUCAACAAGCUACAAAAUCCGAUCAAGUCUUUCGGAAGGUUUACAGCUUCGUUCAAGACGGCUGGCCAACGUCCAAGCUCGGCACACAAGACAGCGAGAUGCGGCGAUUCCACGAUCAACAAGAAGGACUGUCCAUCGUCCAAGGUUGCAUUGUGUUUGGGGACAGACAUGUGAUCCCCGCCAUCUACCGGAAAAGGUGUUUAACUCAACUGCACAUGGGCCAUCCGGGAAUGCCAUGCAUAAAACCCAUCGCCCGCAGUUGUGUGUACUGGCCGGGUUUAGAUGAGGAGAUUUCCAGUUUCGUCAAGGCUAGCCAGCACUGUGCAGUGGCCCUGAAGCGGCACCCUUCCAUCCACAAUCUAACGGCCAAGCCGAAAGAUUUGUGA